AUGCUCUCGGAAGCAAUUCACUCGCUCGUGGACACUGGCAACCAGGCGAUUCUGAUCUUGGGCUUGAAGCAAGCAUCGGGUGUGCCGCAUAAAAAGCACCAAUAUGGAUACACACGUGCUGCGUACUUUGGAUUGCUCAUCUCCGGGCUGGCUUAUUCUGGUUAG